AUGACUUCGUUUCUCUUGCAGCAGGGACAUCAUCAAGUGGUUCUGACCACUGUGAGCAAGGAACCUCUUCCGCAUCAUUAUCAUUGUGGUACAAACACAACAGACAACGAUGAAAAUUAUUGCAUCACGAAACAAUAUUGUUUUUUGAAUAGAGGACGAGAAGAACGACUAGUGAUACUAAUUCCUUCGGAAUUGCUGAACAACGAUAGCAAAAGGAAUUUGAACAAGGAGUUGGAGCCUCCACAGGUGAUUUGGUAUUAUGGAAGUUCGGAUGCUCUUAGGGUGCAUAGAAAAUACAAAUAUAGCAGCCAUCAGCAAAAUCCAAAUAUUCCAAUUAUUCCAAAUGAUGUCUGUUUAUGCUCCUUUUCAUCAAAUGAAAUCAUGUUGUGCAUUUUGUUGGACAAUAAUAGAAUUGAAAUAUAUGGUGAAUCCGGAAGAUCUUUCAUCGUCUCUCUUCCUUUCAAAAUUCACAAAUUAUGGAGCUUAAAUAAUCAAAUUCUGAUUAUGGAACGAAAGAUUUUGAGUGUAGAGCAGAAGCAAAACACAAAUCCAAUGAUUUACUUUUUAACAAAUCCACUUGAUGAAGUUAAAGCAUUGGCUUCCGUUAUAGAGCCUUCCUCUAUACCUGUAACCGCGUCAGACGACGAAGAUGUGCUGAUGGAUGGAGAACAAACUUUUGACUACAUGAAAAAUGGUUAUGAAUCCAUUCUAUAUCUUUAUUCAGAUCUUUUUAUGGUCACUCAUGACUCUAAUACGAAGCUCAUAUCCCUUUAUUUAUUUCUCGAAGAAGGAUUCCUUCAACAAAUACACUGUUCAGAAAAUUGUUCCGAGUAUCUGCAAUGUAACAAUACGGAAAAUUUGCAAAUAUCAAUAUUUCAUGUUGAUACAUCUGGCAAUCGAUACAUUUUAUAUAUUAUUAUUAACAACACACUAUAUGCAUUUGCUAUAGAAAGAAAUUCACAACAAGAUAAUUUUUUCCUAUUGCCAAAAUUUUCUAAACAAGACGUGGUUGCAGUUGCUGAAUUUAAUGACCCUCUCGUGAACGAGAAAUUAUUCAACGGAAAUAUUGAUGGAUGUUUACACCUAAUGCUAAUCUCAGAAAACUCUAGAGACAUAUUAAUUCUCGUUUUAAAUGGAGAGUACAUUAUGUGGAACCAAUCUUUAGAGAAGGGAGUAUUUAAGAAAAUUGAUUAUGUUGUGGAAAAUCGAUUCUCACUUGCUUCUAGUGAUUCACUAUUCCGAUUUUCUUUGGAUAUUUGCCCAUCGGCUAAGCUUGUGCAAGAUUGUCUCUCAGUGUUUCAAGCGGUGUUGAGUAAGGAUCUCCAUUGCAGCAUUUUUUAUGAUUUCCAAAUAUCUAGACAUGCCUCAUCUCAAGAAUGGGAAACUUUUUCUGCCUUAAUACUGUAUCUAGGGUUAAACAUUGGAUAUCCAAAACCGCAACCUCCUGAAGAUGAUCCAUGGAAAUUAAUGGAGUUUUUAGAAAAUAAUUCUUCUGGAAAUGCAUGCGAUACUCGACAUACGAUUGACUUUUCGAAAUUGCAAACGAAUAGCAAAACAUUGGUGGCCAAUUUACCUCUUAUCCUGUUUUCGUUGCAUCUCCUUUAUGAAAAUUACAAGCUGCAAGUGACAGAAUGGAGCAAAAUGGAAUGCCUAGCAUCGUUACUUUUUGAAAUAGCUACUAGUUUACAGUGGCAUUCUUAUUGCGAAGUGUAUCAACGUGAUUUUAAUUAUUCUCUCACCUCUAGGUCACAAACAACAUUACCCAACAUGACAAUUGAAUUGAAAAAUGACAAUAUCAAAUUUUUAAACGAAUAUUAUGCAAAUGGAGUAAUGCCUCCAAAUAUUAUUUCAUGGCUAGAGGAAAUUUUAUUUAAAGGCUCGGUAGACAAAUCAUGCCUUUAUCCUGUUAUUUCAAAUUGCAAUGCGACAUCUCUGAGCAAAAAAGUAUGCAGAUUAUUUUCGUUGCUAGUGAAUGGAUCAGAUGACGUUUAUAACAUUCAUCAGUCAUCUUCCACAACAGAUGAUAUUUACAUGGAUACGAACAAUUUACAGGUUCUUUCUGAACUUGCGCCUCACGAAAGAGUUGCAAUUGCACUGUUACAAGAAGGAUUUACGAGCAUAGAUCAAUUGGAGUUUAUUCCAUUCAGCAUUUCCUUGCCAAUUCGAGAAGCACUGAUACUUUGCAGAAAUUCCAAUCAACCAGUAACACGAACGACCAAAUUCUGUAAAUUAAUUGAACGAGAAGAUCUCUCAAUCAACAACAACCAAUCAGAAAUGGAAAGACCCUUUAGAGAAAAGCAGAUCAUUGUCGAAUUUUCAAAAAUUGCAGGAGCUCUUCCGCCAGACUCAUCCAGCAAUUCUGCUUCCUCAGAAACUGAUGAAGAUAUUGGGCACAUGAUUUGGAGUGAGGACAGAAGACUCGAACAAGUAAGCAACAUGCUAGAUAGUAGCAGACCUACACAAAUACAAAAACAUACGCUACAGCUGACAGAAGAUGAUCUUGAUGGUUUCGAUCCUAAUGAUGCUCCUGAUUUACAACGCCACAUUUUAUUGAAUAUUAAGCAACAAUUAUUAUCUUUUUGUAUUGGAGAGGAAUGCUUACACUUUCAAGCAAACGUCACAUCAAUGGCUCCAUCUCUGGAGACACUACAGCCAGUAAUGUUUUAG